CCUGACUUCCCUCCAUGCCCUCCGUUACAUUCCCCUAAUGCCGCCAUCGCACCUCGCCGCCACCGCGGCACAAUCGCCGGCCUCAUCGCGAGGUCGGCGUCCCCGCCAUGGCGGCGCGAUGAUAUCCGCCUCCUGCUGUCGCGCCGCGGCCCUCGCCUCCCUCCUCGCCGCCGCCGCGGCCACCGCGUUCCUCACCUUCUCGCUGCCAUUGUCCCCCAGCGUGUCCACCACCAAGCACACGGCAGAAUUAUUGUCCGCCGCGAGCUCCACGCCGCCGCCACCACAUCCAACAUUAGCUACGGCGUCACCUCCACCGCCGUCCCCGCCGCCUGCAGAACCAGCUACGUCCGCGGCGAGGCCCCGAAAACGAGAGCCGUCGUAUUGGAGGAUGGCGCCAGAGGAGGCGCUGAGGUACGCCAAGAAGGAGAUAAUGGCCGCCGAGCCGGUCGUCCCCGACGACCCCGACGACCUGUACGCGCCUCUCUUCAAGAACGUCUCCCAGUUCAAGAGGAGCUACCAACUGAUGGAACGGAUACUCAAAGUUUACAUUUACCAGGACGGUCGGCGGCCCAUCUUCCACACCCCUCCCCUCAGCGGCAUCUACGCGUCCGAGGGCUGGUUCAUGAAGCUCCUCGAGGAGAGCAGGCCGUUCGUCGUCGCCGACGCCACCAAGGCGCACCUCUUCUACCUGCCCUACAGCUCGCAGAAUCUCAGGCUCUCGCUCUACGUGCCGGACUCGCAUAACCUGCGCCCCCUGGCCGUCUACCUCAGAGAUUUCGUCAAGGGCCUCGCCGCCAAGUACCCCUUCUGGAACCGCACCAGAGGCGCCGACCAUUUCCUCGUCGCCUGCCACGAUUGGGGACCAUACACGACCACGGCGCACCGCGACCUGUCCAGGAACAGCAUCAAGGCGCUGUGCAACGCUGACAGCUCGGAGGGGAUCUUCACGCCCGGGAAGGACGUGUCUCUCCCGGAGACGACCAUCAGGACGCCCAAGCGGCCGCUCCGGUACCUCGGUGGGCACCCCAUCUCCCGGCGGCACAUCCUCGCCUUCUUCGCCGGCAACGUGCACGGCAGGGUCAGGCCGGUCCUCCUCCAGCACUGGGGCAAGGGGCAGGACGAGGACAUGAGGGUGUACGCUCUCCUCCCCGGCAGGGUGUCCAGGACGAUGAACUACAUCGAGCACAUGAAGAAUAGCAGGUUCUGCCUUUGCCCCAUGGGGUACGAGGUGAACAGCCCCAGGAUCGUGGAGGCCCUGUACUACGAGUGCGUGCCGGUGAUCAUCGCCGACAACUUCGUCCUCCCCUUCAGCGACGUGUUCGACUGGAGCGCCUUCUCAGUGGUGGUGGCGGAGAAGGACAUACCGGACCUCAAGAGGAUACUGCAGGGGAUCUCGCUCCGGAAGUACGUGGCCAUGCACGACUGCGUCAAGCGGCUCCAAAGGCACUUCUUGUGGCACGCCAGGCCCCUCAGGUAUGAUCUCUUCCACAUGAUCCUGCACUCCAUUUGGCUCAGCAGAGUGAACCAUGUUCAACUUGACAACUGAAAAAAGAUCAUGUCCAUGUAUUUGU